AUCAGUAAUCAUCCUCGUUUUCUUUUAAAAACAUCCUAAAGAAAUUGGACGCAAUGCGUUUCCUAAUUUGCAUUGCAUUUUUGGCGUUUCUAAGUGUUGUGGUAGGUCAAUAUCAAACAGAAAGAUGUCCCACAAUUUGCCCUUUGAAUUAUAGUCCAAUCUGUGCGAGAAUUGAAAGCUACAGGACUUUUAGCAAUGAAUGUGAAUUGAAUGUUUACAAUUGCCAGAAUAGAGGAGGCGCCAGACCCAUAAGACGAGGUCAAUGCUAAGUUGACUGGAAAAAGUUUGCAGAAAACCACUUUCAUUACGCAUAAUUUAUAAAUAUUGCGUUUCAACUACCCUACUAAUAUGUAAUUAUCCUGGAAUAAUAUAUGUUAUUAGCGCUUAACAA